AUGAUGAAACUACAAUUAAAGUUCUUAAAAGAUUUGAAAUACUAUCCACAAGUUAAAUUACCAGUAUCGAGAGAUACCCCACCUGCAAAUGAACAGCAACUUCCAAAGGGGUUACAUGGACCCAUACUUAGAUUUGCUAAUUCUAAUAAUUUAUACUCACAAGAAUCGUUAGCGUAUUCCUGUUCGUAUUUCAAAAUGAGAUUUUAUCCAACAAAUCAUUUCUUAAGUCUUUUCAGAAAAACCAAGCCAAGUAUCACUGUUCAAGCAAUGCAAAUGAAAAGUUUCCUUGAUGAUUGCCAAUCUAAGAAGGUCGUUGACUAUCUUAGAAAAGUCUAUCUUAAUGAGAAAUCAGUGGUACCUGGAGAUUUUGCUGUGUGGAGAAGAAAGAUUACAGUAAAGGUUAAGCAGAUAUUUAUUAAAGAAUGGUACAUGAUGGAAGGUAAUAAGGAUAUUAUUGAUAAUAUUAAUAGUAUUAGUAACAAUGUUAAAAUGAAUAAUAAAAGUAUUAUGCUUAAAGAGUUAAGCAAACAAUAUGAAGGGAGAAAAAUUACCAAUAGAGCUAAGGAUGGAUAUUAUAUGUUUUUUAUUUAUAAAUACCCAUCAGUAGAAGAAAUGAAGUUAUUUCAAGAGCAUAUUAGGAAUGCUAUUAGACAAGUUGCAGAUCGUGAAUCUCAACUAGAAAAUAAAAAAUCUAAUAAGAAUUGGGUUGAAAGGGCGAAUAGUAAAGUUAACAUUACCUUUCUUAAUAAAUUACUAGUGGCUAAUGAAUGUCCUUAUAGAGUAAUCAAAGUAAAAUAG